GCUCUUUCAUAUGAACAGUACAUAGAUAGGAAUAUAUGAUACCAAACAUCCCAUCUGUAUAAGUAGCCCUACAGCCUGCUCAAUGGAAAUGCCGUCGGCCAACCCUCGGCGGCACCGUAGCUGUCAAUCAACACUGCGUGCUACGAUAUGUGAAAUAAUUACAGCGGCCCUCGAGACCGUCUUCUACAGCGAGCUCCCCCGUCCAGUCACCGAGACCCACGAUGAGCCUUGAGCAGUCAAUCCAGCCGCCAUCAAACAAUGCUCCAACCCGUAAUUCUAACGCUGAAAAUCCCUUCGUCAACUUGUCUCCAAGCAAGUUCGGCGGGUCAAAAGGAGGCUUCAACAGCCUGCAUCAGGUAGAGUUCUAGUCAAAGUCUCUCAUGCUACAUCCAAGAACACCAAUCGUGGAAAGUUUGUUGUGUACUCGCAAGCCGAGGCAAAGGGCGAGAAAACGAAAGGGCUCUCUGCCCGUGCAAUCGCUUCCACUAUCCCGACACAGCGCCUCGUAACAUCCUAUGAACAGGCCCUCUCCGUUGCAGCACUAUACCGUGAUGGAAAAAUACAGGAUUCUCUGUAUUUGCCCGAGAGUGCCAGCCGUUGGAGUAUACAGUGGAAGGAUACUACAGGAAAGAAGAAGGGUGGAUUUGAGAGGGUCCUGUAUCAAUGGUGCGCCGAAUUCAGCUCCUUACGACAUCAGAAGGACGGUCAUUGACCACAGUAAUGGUUCAGCAAAUGCGGGUAUGACGAUGAGAGCGCGGGGACCAAAACUCGGCGUGUUACCUUUCCUUAUACCGGCUGUCUUGCUCACGCCGAAGUCACCUACGAGCUCGAUUCUCUCAAGGUCCUGCGUAUUCGUGGUUUCCUAGACCAUAACGAAGCCUGCCGGUCAGCAAAAAUGUCGAACGAGCCCACACACGCUGUGCACCCCGCCGUUGGGGUGUCUUUACCCAGGACAGACUGCGGACUGGGCCUAUUCGCCGUAUCGUUGGCUGCUCAAUAAAAAAGAUUCGCGCUCGCGGAAUAUCGACUCUUGGCUCAACCCGUCGUCUCCCGAGUAUAACCCCGUCCUCGCAGAGGCAGUUUUCUUCUACUCGGCUCGUGCGUCAACGGAGGAGCGCUUGAAGAUAUGUAUUGCGACACCGGAGAUGAAGGAGGCGGCAUGGCGGUAUGGACAUAACCAACAGAUCCUUCUUGACGGCACAUUCGGGGUCUUUCUACUGUUCUCUGCUCCGUCCGGAAACAAGUUCACCCCCGCCGGAUAUGACACUGAAAUCCUCACCGAGCUGCUUUCACAGUGGAAGUCAUCACUAGGUCUUCGUGAUGGAUCGGCCUUCCACUCUCCUGUUGCGAUAACCGACACAGAUCUCAAAGAACGCAAUGCGCUCCUCGCGGUCUUUCCUAACAUCUGGCUUCUUCUCGGCCACCGGCGUUGGUGAGGUUCGCAUCCGGCUUUCUCGACUUGAAGACGAGCUGAUACGCACGAAGUCACACGAGGACGCCCUCCUUCUUGUCGCUACCGAGCGGUCUACGCUAGAGCAGCUGAAGACUGUUGAUCCCACGGCAGUGUUUGCAGCUGACGGCGGUAUCGCACACUUGGACUACCUAUCAGUUCACUGGAUCAAUACAAUCGAGAUCUGGAAAUCUUGGUCGGACCACGGACGAAAUAUCGCAGCCGGUAUCCUCGGCUGCUCAUUCGACUGGGUCCUACCGACCACCAAUCACCUUGAAUCGUUCAACAAUCUCUUGAAGAACAAACACUUACGCCGUUGGCAGCGGAACGGUCGUCGCGUUCGGAUCGAUGUACUCGUCAACAUUCUCAUCACCAAGGUCCUCCCAUCCAUCUUCGAGCAGAGAAAUCUCGACCAGAUACAACGGCGGGCCUGGGAAGCGCGCUUGCGGCGUGCGGGGGCAGAGCAUCUCAUCAAACGCUCUGGAACCGCAAGCCUUCGAGGUCCUGGAAUAGCGUGGCUCAGCCCUGACGAGACCCGAGACGCCGCUGCCACCGCUCUUCCAGUGUAACUCGGCCUUUGCUUUGGACGCCGAGGUAUUACCCACAGUCUACACCAUAACGAUGGAGGUCGAUGGUGCUGCCACCUGCUCUUGUGGCGAUUUCACUCAACGCGGCGGUUCCACAUGUUCCGAUUCCGACAAGCAUCGACGCCGCACGAAUUCUGGAGGCCACGCGUGUGGCGCGCAGCGUCGAGAAGGCUGUGGUGACCGCUAAUGGCCAAGCUGGGCCGUUGAUACGUGCAGUUCAGGUCGUCGAUGACCUCCUUCACGUUGGAGACGGAAUCUACGAGGGAGAAGACGCACGCUCCGACCGUGAGGAAGAGGGCGGCAGUGACAUGGACAUCUCAGAGUACUCGAGCGCGGUCGACGGCCAAUGUGGAGAUGAAGAUGGUGGUGGGAGUGAUGAAGAGG